AAUGCCAGUCCAGUAAGAACUGCAGCGUCUGAUCCACGUCACUCACACACACUCGCAGUCCAGCAGCUGGUGUGUGCUGUCGAGGCAGUGCGCACUACAGAGUGAACACUGAUCAGCGCGGAUACAGAGUGACAGCAGAAGCGCGCGGGCUCAAGCUUUGUCCGUGUGCAGAUGGAAAGAGCCGCAGCUCGGACGCGCGAGAGAGAAUAACGCUGAACACACAGUGAAAGAGUCAAGAGCCCCCUGCUGUCACCCAGCCUGUGCCAUCAGCUACAAUGAGUGCCAAAUCAGCCCUCAACAAGGCAAUCUUUAUCCCCAACGAUGAGAGGCUGCUGGCAGCCGUGCAGGUGAAGAGGAGGACGAAGAAGAAGAUCCCAUUUUUAGCUACAGGAGGCCCUGGUGACUACACAACGUUCAUUUGCUUAUCAGCGACCAAUAAGAAACCAGCACAGGUUUUCCUCACCAAAGUGAAGAAGUUUGAAGGCUCCUCGUCUUUCGUCAGGAGAUCACAGUGGACCAUCAGUCAGCUGCAGCAGGUCAACGGCAUCGACUCCGUCCGAGAUUGCCCAGAGUUUGACUUGAUAUUUGAGAACGGAUCUGACCAGUGGACUGCGGGUUCAGCUGGAGAGAAGUGCAUGUUUGUCCAGAUCCUGCAUCACACGUGUCAGCGGUUCAUCCCCGAAAGAAAACCGGAGUUCAUCAACUGCCCCUCCAAACUGCUGGGAGGUAACAGUAUCCUGACCGAGGCAGCAGACAGUGUGAGCAGCGCGGUGCAGAAGGCCAGUCAGGCGCUGAACGAGCGCGGCGAGAGACUGGGACGAGUCGAGGAGAAGACGGGUGAGAUGAUGAACAGCGCCCAGCAUUUUGCCGACACUGCACACAAGCUUGCCAUGAAACACAAGUGUUAAGCCUUUGCCACCUUUGCCGUAUUUUUGGAGAAUCUGGUACAAAUUCCUCACCCCUGCUCAACCUCUGCUAUCAGAGAGCGUCACGGGACGUGCAUGAAGUAUCAUAUGAAGGACAGUGUGUAUCAACAUGAAAAGAUCACGCCUCCUCUACACUCGGAUGGUACUUGUGGUCA